CGAACGCGAACGAGAACGAGAACGGGAGUGCGAMCGUGUUCCCCGAAAAAAUCUUUUGUGUCAUUGCAGCUUGUUGUGAGAACCGCAUUGAAAGUAUUGUUUCUUGUCGGAGCGUCGAUUGCUCUAUUCAAUAUUAAGUACAUUUAGCUAUACCUGGUCGUCCAAAGCAAACACCAUGUCCAACGAAGAGACGAAUGCCCUGGGAUACCCAAAACUUGCUUGUAGCACUCCAGUCCCCUCGGACAUCGAAGUCUCGCAGCAAAUUGUGAAGGAAGUUGGCCUUUUGCCUAUCCGAGAUGUUGGACGCCAGUGAGUAACGAAUGAAGCGGUGGCAUGUUUCGAUGUGAGUCGAAUUUUAUUUUCUCAUAUUUUGUCGUGCUGCAAUGCAACAGAGUUGGACUUACCGACGACGAAGUCAUCCCAUGGGGAAUUGCUAAGGCCAAGGUGUCUCUCGCCGCAAGAGAGAACAGGAAAGACGUUCCRGAUGGAAACUACGUAGUUGUUACCGGAAUCAAUCCCACUCCACUGGGAGAGGGAAAGUCKACGACCACAAUUGGACUCGCGCAGGCCCUCGGAGCAAUUCUCGGCAAGAAAACCAUUGCCUGCAUCCGUCAACCGAGCCAGGGUCCCACCUUUGGAAUCAAGGGAGGGGCAGCCGGAGGAGGUUAUGCCCAGGUUGUCCCAAUGGAAGAGUUCAACCUUCACCUUACAGGUGACAUCCACGCAAUCACUGCUGCUAACAACCUGCUGGCGGCAGCAAUCGAUACCCGAAUGUUUCACGAGGCAUCUCAGAGUGACGAGGCACUCUUUCGACGCUUGUGCCCGGCGGGAAAGGGAUUUUCAAAGGUACAAAAAAAACGUCUUGACAAGCUAGAGAUUCCCUACGAAGGGCGUUCCCCCGAAGACUUUACGGCGGAAGAAAAGUCGCGCUUCGCCCGGCUGGAUCUGGACCCUGACACGAUCACGUGGCAACGUGUUGUAGAUACCUGCGAUCGUCACUUGCGAAAUGUGGUUGUGGGCAUGGGUGCGAAAGAGACUGUUAAGUCCAAAGAGAAGGAGGGCGAGCGUGUUCAGCACAACCGAACCUCCGGUUUCGAUAUCACCGUUGCCUCGGAAGUUAUGGCCGCCUUGGCACUGGCAAAGUCUCUCCACGACUUGCGUGAAAAACUCGGUGCAAUGGUUGUUGGCUUUUCCCGAAAGGGAGAGCCCGUUACUGCCGACGAUUUGGGGUGUGGCGGAGCCCUGACAGUCCUGAUGAAGGAUGCUAUCAUGCCGACACUCAUGCAAACUGUUGAACGAACUCCCGUUUUGGUCCACGCGGGUCCAUUUGCCAACAUUGCCACCGGAAACUCGUCGGUUGUGGCCGAUGAAAUUGCUCUGAAGUUGGUUGGUCCCGACGGUUUCUGUGUCACGGAGGCCGGAUUCGGGGCGGAUAUUGGAAUGGAAAAAUUCUUCAAUAUCAAGUGUCGCUACAGCGGAUUGAAACCCAAAGCGGCCGUGAUUGUUGCGACCGUCCGGGCCUUGAAAAUGCAUGGUGGAGGCCCGCCCGUGUCCGCCGGCAGACCUCUUCAAAAAGAAUAUACGGAAGAGAACAUCGAAUUGCUGCGAAAAGGAUGUGCGAAUCUGCAGAAACACAUCGAGAAUGCCAAAAAGUUCGGCGUUAACGUCGUGGUUGCUGUGAACAAGUUCAAGACGGAUACCGAUGCCGAGAUCGAAGUUGUCAAGGAGGCUGCCAUGGCCGCCGGUGCAUUCGAUGCGGUUUUGUCGAACCACUGGGCCCUCGGUGGAGCAGGUGCCGCCGAUCUGGCCAGUGCUGUCGACAAGGCCUGCAAGGAAAACGAUGAAUCGAAUUUUAAAUUUCUGUACAAUCUUGAUACCAGCAUCAAGGAGAAGAUCGAAACCAUCAGCAAAGAAAUCUAUGGCGCCGAUGGUGUCGACUACACAGAAUUGGCCAACCAACAAAUCGAAAACUACGAGAAGAACGGCUAUGGGUCUCUGCCCAUUUGUAUCGCAAAGACUCAAUAUUCGUUCAGUUGCGAUCCGGCUGCGAAGGGUGUUCCUACCGGCCACCGUAUCACCGUUCGAGAAAUUCGAUCCUGUGCGGGUGCUGGAUUCGUCUACCCGAUUUGUGGAGAUAUCAUGACCAUACCGGGACUUCCCACCCGACCAGGUUUUUACGAUGUGGACAUUGAUACCGAAACAGGCGACGUAAUUGGGCUCUUUUGAGAAUAAUGGAGUCUCAAUUUUUUUGGAAUAGAACAAUAAUAUAACGAAGUACUGUCAUUGCUUUUCGGAACCUCCAGUUUUCCGUUCAAUAUAUGCUAUGGAACAGUAUCCGGCAAUGCAGGAGCAAAUGUGCGGAUAUUUGAAAGCACGACAUUGUGAGGAACAUUCUGUGGAUGUGAAGGAGGGAAAAGGAGUUGGCGAAAAAAGUGCUUGUUUACGUUUUAGUUGCCAUGAAACUUCUCAGGCGUUACAUGACAGAUUCUCGACAC